CAUUGAUAUAAAUGACUAUAAAAGUGCAUCAGAGAGAUCCAAAGGUUUCUUCAUAUCUGCAUCAACAAUAAACACCACUUCACAUUAUCAUUGUCAUCAUCCGCCUAAAUCUCUGUUCCCCAGUCACCUCUACAACUCAAAACUUCAAUCUCUCAAUUGGACUCUUCAUCUGCCAGAACCUAUCCUCCUUUACUGGAUAAUCUUUUGAUCACUUCUUAGCCUCAUCGUUACAAUGGGCUCCAUCUCCGCCGAGGAACCCGUAAAUGGGCAGGUAAACGGAAAGACAACGGCAGUGGCUGGCCUCAAGAGUUUCCCUACCACCAGACCGGCCAUUAGAAUCAAGUGCGGUCUCAGCGGCCAAUUUCCGUGUGGAUCCAUCUACACCGGAUCGACCUUGGUCGGCGUGCCCCUCAGCUGGGGAACCCUCGAGUCGGUGGGCGACUUCGAGCCCAAGCUCAACCUCAAACUAACCAACGGCCACGAUUGGUUCCGCAUCGAUGCCGACAAGCAGCACGGCCGCCUGAGCGUCUCGGCCAUCGCUACGGACGAAGAGGGACGAUCUAUCCGCCUCAUCGCCGACGGCGUCACAGAGCUCAACGAGUACACCAUGCCACUGAUUCUGGGCGACCCCAACGCCAAGACAAACCCUUUCGGCUACGGAGUCGAGCAGAUGAGAUUCGAGGCCGGUCACGACGUCUACAAGCCCCUUGAGAACAUGAUGUUCGCCUGCAGCCAGCGCUUCGCCAAGGACGACGAGACCGGUGCCCCCAUGGCCGAGAUCCGCGUCUCGCAAAUAGUUCCGGGCUCCGGUUUUGAGUGAGGGGAAAUUGAAGAGAAGAAGAAGAUGAGCAAACGCUUUUCUCCUGCUUUCGAGAAGGGAGAGAGAGUGAUGGAUAGGCAGUACCAGAUUAUUGUUUUCUGUUUCUCUUCAUUACUCGGUCAAUCGGGUGGUAGGCUUUACAGGGCAAUAGAUGGACUUUGGUAGCUCAAAGAGUAAUAUAUGAUUGGAGUAUAUUAAUAGGAGCUACUCGUUCAAUGUGAC